AUGAGCCAGCGGAACGUACCCAUACUGCUGCUUUUAGGCGGUGGAGGCGAGGAGCAAAACGCUAACAGUGAGCAGCCCAAUCAUCAACAGACGUACCAACAGAACCAAACUCCAGCUCCUCAGACAUCCCAUAGUGGUUCCCAGAGCCCGCCUCCAUCUGUAUCUUCGGCAUCUCCUUACAAGCCGAAUCCUAUUCUGAGUCUUGUUUCUGAGUUUCAGCCUCUGGGAGAACUAAGGCCCAAUUCUGCCCAGAAACCGAUAGUCAUAGAUGACGAACGUUCGUCGCCGCCAGAGAUUGUUGUUGUGGACGAUAACGAAAGAGCUCUGCGACUGCCCGUACCAUUGGCACCCUCCUAUCGUCGCCCAUCACCUUUGGCGUAUAAGCUUUCACAAAUGGGUGAACAACCGCCUGGAGCUGUACUGGACUACAUCAAGAACUUUCAAAGUAACUUCAAGAUGACUUCAACGGAGCCUUUAGCGGAUAACGGAGCAACAGGACAACAGCAGUGGCAACAGAAGAAAUCUGGGCCCAGCAAGACAUCUAUCAACUCCAUCAUCAACUCUGAAGAAAGCAGUGCAAUACUGCCAGCGCCAGCUGGAGCCGACAAGAAGAAGAGAGCAUCAUCGACCAAGUCGGAAAGUACAGCAAAGAAGGCUAAAGUAGACACAGCAAAAAAGACAGCAAAGACUGAAGUCAAGGCAGAGCCCAAGAAACCAGGCCCUAAGAGUAAAAAGAAGACUCCAGAGAUCGCCAUUGCGCCAGCUGACAAACCUUCAAUUCACCCUACAGCCACUACCGAUAAAGCAAAGACGAAGAAUCCGCCAGUGAAACUAGAUAAGCCUGCUAUGAUGUCUCUCAAGAAAGAUGAGCAGAACGAAGACGCUACGAAAGAGUCUCCACAAGAAGAUAAAAAAGAUAAACAGGCGGCUCCACCACCAAUCAUUGCAUUGAACAUUCCCCUCCUUGACCCCAAAGCUCCGUUACCUGGACAGGCUGAGGUUGUCGUGAAUGUCUUAAAGCUUGCAGAAGAGAAGUACGGUUGGAACACUAUACAUCCCAAUGCCAAGUCAGCUAUCGACCUCAUGGAUGAGAUGCUCGAUGAUGAAGAUGACGGAGCUGAUGAGGAUGACGACGACGAGCUUCAGGUUGUCGACGAAAAGGGUAAUGCAUUAACAAAGAAGAAGGCCAAUAACGAAGAGUUGACAGAAGAACAGUUGAUCAGGCAACAAGAGACAAGGAUGAACAGGAAAGUUGGUAAAUACGACUACGAAGAUCCUUUCAUUGAUGAUGAAGAGCUUCAAUGGGAAGAGGAAAUCACCACCACCAAAGAAGGCUUCUUUGUCUAUUGGGGACCAUUGGUUGAAGACAGAGCUACGACGUCUACGAAUAAGAAGGGUGCUGCCAAGGGUAAGAAAUAA